CCCGUGCUGGGUUCUGCGGUAGGACUCCCCGGAGCCACCAUCAUGGUGAAGAGGAAGAGCUCCGAGGGCCAGGAGCAGGACGGCGGCCGCGGCAUCCCUCUGCCUAUCCAGACCUUCCUGUGGCGGCAAACCAGUGCAUUUUUGAGGCCUAAACUGGGGAAGCAAUAUGAAGCCUCUUGUGUGUCCUUUGAGCGAGUGUUGGUGGAAAACAAACUUCAUGGCCUGUCCCCGGCCCUCUCUGAAGCCAUCCAGAGCAUUUCCAGAUGGGAGCUAGUGCAGGCUGCCCUCCCUCAUGUUCUCCACUGCACUGCAACCCUGCUAUCAAACAGGAACAAACUAGGCCACCAGGAUAAGCUGGGUGUUGCUGAGACCAAACUCCUUCAUACCCUGCACUGGAUGCUUCUGGAGGCCCCACAGGACUGCAACAAUGACCAGUUUGGGGGUACAGACCGAGGCUCCAGCUGGGCUGGCAGCAGUAGCGCCUUCAUCCAUCAGAUUGAAAACCAGGGCUCUCCUGGGCAGCCUUGCCGAAGCAGCUCCCAUGAUGAGGAAGAAAACAACAGAAGGAAGAUCUUCCAGAACUCCAUGGCUACUGUGGAGCUCUUUGUGUUUCUGUUUGCUCCUCUGGUGCACAGGAUAAAGGAAUCCGAUCUCACCUUCCGCCUGGCCAGUGGGUUGGUUAUAUGGCAGCCCAUGUGGGAACACAGACAGCCUGAAGUCUCCGGCUUUACUGCCCUGGUAAAGCCCAUAAGGAGCAUCAUUACAGCCAAAAGGAGCUCUCCAAUCAACAGUCAGAGUCAGACCUGCGAAUCACCAAAUCAAGACACAAGGCAGCAAGGAGAGGGACUCGAGGUGGUCAGUGAAGCACUGCAGGCGGAUUCCAUCUCACCUAAGGCCACCAUCUCUGUCUGCCGUCAGGGAAAUUCCUUCGAUGGAAGCCUGUCCUCCCAAACCUCCCAGGAAAGAGGCCCAUCACAUUCAAGGGCCUCUCUUGUGAUACCACCGUGCCAGAGGUCACGCUAUGCCACCUACUUCGAUGUUGCCGUUCUCCGCUGUCUUCUCCAGCCCCACUGGUCUGAGGAAGGCACUCAGUGGUCCCUGAUGUACUAUCUACAAAGGCUUCGACACAUGCUGGAAGAGAAACCAGAAAAGGCCCCAGAUCCAGAUAUUCCUCUCCUGCCUAGGCCCAGAAGUAGCUCAAUGGUGGCAGCAGCUCCCUCGCUAGUGAACACCCACAAGACUCAAGAUCUCACCAUGAAGUGUAAUGAAGAAGAAAAAUCUCUGAGCCCCGAGGCUUUUUCCAAAGUCUCCUUGACCAAUCUCCGAAGAUCUGCAGUCCCAGAUCUGUCUUCAGACCUGGGCAUGAACAUUUUUAAGAAGUUCAAAAGUCGCAAAGAAGACCGAGAGAGGAAAGGCUCCAUUCCAUUCCACCACACGGGGAAGAGGAGACCUAGACGAAUGGGUGUACCAUUCCUGCUGCAUGAGGACCACCUAGAUGUCUCACCUACCCGCAGCACAUUCUCAUUUGGCAGUUUCUCUGGGCUUGGAGAAGAUAGGAGAGGCAUUGAAAAAGGAGGCUGGCAAACCACUAUCUUAGGGAAGCUGACCCGGCGGGGCAGCUCAGACGCAGCCACUGAGAUGGAAAGCCUGAGCGCCAGGCACUCCCACUCCCACCACACCCUGGUGAGCGAGCUGCCAGACCACUCCAACAGCCACGGAGAGAACACUGUCAAGGAAGUGCGAUCUCAGAUCUCCACCAUCACAGUUGCGACCUUCAACACCACGCUAGCGUCGUUCAAUGUAGGCUAUGCGGACUUCUUCAGUGAACACAUGAGGAAGCUCUGCAGCCAGGUGCCUAUCCCAGAGAUGCCACACGAACCCCUGGCAUGUGCCAACCUGCCCCGAAGCCUCACAGACUCCUGCAUAAACUACAGCUACCUGGAGGACACAGAACAUAUCGAUGGCACCAACAACUUUGUCCACAAGAACGGCAUGCUGGAUCUUUCUGUGGUUCUGAAGGCCGUUUAUCUCGUUCUUAACCAUGACAUCAGCUCUCGAAUCUGUGAUGUGGCACUGAACAUUGUGGAAUGCUUGCUCCAACUCGGUGUAGUUCCCUGUGUAGAAAAAAACAGGAAGAAGAGCGAAAAUAAGGAAAAUGAGUCUGUGGAAAAGAGACCGAGUGAGGGGGCCUUCCAGUUCAAAGGCAUGUCUUCAAGUUCCACCAGCGGGUUUGGGGCCCCUUCUGCUGGUGGAGCUGGAGAUGGUGGAGGAGAAGAAGGAGGAGGUGGAGAUGGAGGAGGAGGAGGCAGCGGUGGAGGAGGAGAUGGAGGAGGAGGAGGAGGAGGAGGAGGAGGCGGUGGAGGUGGCCCUUAUGAGAAGAAUGAGAAGAACCAAGAAAAGGAUGAAAAUAUCCCUGUAAGCAACCAUAGGCUCGCUCUCACUAUGCUCAUCAAAAUAGUCAAGUCGUUGGGAUGCGCCUAUGGUUGCGGAGAAGGACAUCGAGGGCUCUCUGGAGAUCGUCUGAGACACCAGGUAUUCCGAGAGAAUGCCCAGAACUGCCUUACUAAGCUAUACAAGCUAGAUAAGAUACAGUUCCGACAAACCAUGAGGGACUAUGUGAACAAGGACUCGCUCAAUAAUGUAGUGGACUUCUUGCAUGCUUUGCUAGGAUUUUGUAUGGAGCCGGUCACUGACAACAAAGCUGGGUUUGGAAAUAACUUCACCACAGUGGACAACAAAUCCACAGCCCAAAACGUGGAAGGUAUUAUUGUCGGUGCCAUGUUUAAGUCUCUCAUCACACGCUGUGCCUCAACCACACACGAACUCCACAGCCCUGAGAAUCUGGGACUAUACUGUGACAUCCGCCAGCUGGUCCAGUUUAUCAAAGAAGCUCAUGGGAAUGUCUUCAGGAGAGUGGCUCUUAGUGCUCUGCUUGACAGCGCUGAAAAGUUAGCACCAGGGAAAAAGGUGGAGGAGAACGGACAGGAGUCUAAGCCUGCGGGUGGUAAAAGGUCAGAGGCAGGAAGCAUUGCAGAUAAAGGCCAGGUAUCAGCACCUGAGGAAUGUCGCAGCUUCAUGUCCGGUCGCCCCUCACAGACCCCAGAACAUGAUGAACCAAUGCAAGGGGGCAACCUGGGGCGGAAAGAUUUCUGGCGCAAGAUGUUCAAAUCCCAAAGUGCAGCAAGCGACACCAGCAGCCAGUCUGAGCAAGACACCUCGGAGUGUACCACAGCCCACUCAGGGAACACCUCCGACCGGCGUGCUCGCUCACGAUCUCGCAGAAUCUCCCUGCGAAAGAAGUUGAAACUCCCCAUAGGUAAAAGAAAUUGGCUGAAGCGGUCCUCCCUCUCUGGCCUGGCCGAUGGUGUAGAGGACCUCCUGGACAUUAGCUCUGUGGAUCGCCUGUCUUUCAUCAGGCAAAGCUCCAAGGUCAAGUUCACCAGCGCUGUCAAACUCUCUGAAGGUGGACCAGGGAGUGGGAUGGAGAAUGGACGAGAAGAGGAGGAGAAUUUCUUCAAGCGUCUUGGCUGCCACAGUUUCGACGACCACCUUUCUCCCAACCAAGAUGGUGGAAAAAGUAAAAACGUGGUGAAUCUGGGAGCGAUCCGACAAGGCAUGAAACGUUUCCAGUUCCUGCUGAACUGCUGCGAGCCGGGGACGAUUCCUGACGCAUCCGUCUUAGCUGCUGCCUUGGACCUGGAAGCUCCUGUGGUGGCCAGAGCAGCUCUGUUCCUCGAAUGCGCCCGUUUUGUCCACCGGUGCAACCGAGGCAACUGGCCCGAGUGGAUGAAAGGGCAUCACGUGAACAUUACCAAGAAAGGCCUUUCCCGGGGCAGGUCUCCCAUCGUGGGCAACAAGCGGAAUCAGAAGCUUCAGUGGAACGCAGCCAAGCUCUUCUACCAGUGGGGAGAUGCAAUUGGCAUCCGAUUAAACGAGCUGUGUCAUGGAGAGAGCGAGAGUCCUGCUAACCUACUCGGCCUUAUCUAUGAUGAAGAGACCAAGAGAAGACUACGGAAGGAGGAUGAGGAGGAAGACUUUUUAGAUGACAGUAAGGAGACUCCCUUUACUACAAGAGCCCCUGCUUGUACUGUGAACCCCUCAAAAUGUGGCUGUCCCUUUGCCUUGAAGAUGGCAGCAUGCCAACUUCUCCUGGAGAUAACCACCUUCCUGAGGGAGACUUUUUCUUGCCUGCCUAGACCUCGCACUGAGCCCCUCGUGGACUUGGAGAGCUGCAGGCUUCGUCUGGAUCCUGAGUUGGACAGGCACAGAUAUGAGAGGAAGAUCAGCUUCGCAGGAGUUCUAGAUGAAAAUGAAGACUCAAAAGACUCUCUGCACAGCAGCAGCCACACCAUCAAAUCAGACGCAGGUGCUGAAGAGAAGAAAGUUCCCAGCAGGAAGAUCAGGAUAGGAGGUUCUCGACUGCUCCAGAUUAAAGGAACCCGCAGUUUCCAGGUGAAGAAGGGGGGUUCCUUGUCCAGCAUUCGCCGAGUCGGCAGCUUAAAGAGCAGCAAGUUAUCACGGCAGGACUCAGAGUCUGAGGCUGAGGAGCUGCAGCUGUCCCAGAGCAGGGACACUGUCACUGACCUAGAAGGGAGUCCUUGGAGUGCAAGCGAACCCAGCAUUGAACCUGAGGGAAUGAGCAAUGCUGGCACAGAGGAAAAUUACCACAGAAACAUGUCAUGGCUUCAUGUCAUGAUCUUACUAUGCAAUCAACAAAGUUUCAUUUGCACACAUGUGGACUAUUGUCAUCCACACUGCUACCUGCACCACAGCCGCUCCUGUGCCCGGCUGGUCAGAGCCAUUAAACUUCUGUAUGGGGACAGUGUGGACUCCCUGCGUGAGAGCAGCCACAUCAGUAAUGUGGCUCUGAGGGGCAAGAAACAGAAAGAGUGCUCAGAUAAAUCUUGCCUGCGGACACCUUCCCUGAAGAAGAGAGUUUCAGAUGUCAACCUGGAAGGGAAAAAGGACUCUGGAAUGCUGAAGUACAUCAGGCUUCAGGUGAUGAGUUUGUCACCAGCUCCCUUGUCUCUGCUCAUCAAGGCAGCUCCAAUUCUGACAGAGGAGAUGUAUGGAGACAUCCAGCCGGCUGCCUGGGAGCUGCUUCUCAGUAUGGAUGAGCACAUGGCUGGGGCAGCAGCCGCCAUGUUCCUGUUGUGUGCCGUGAAAGUCCCUGAUGCUGUGUCGGACAUGUUGAUGUCCGAGUUCCACCAUGCGGAGACUGUCCAAAGGCUGAAUGCGGUCCUCAAGUUCCACACGCUCUGGAGGUUCCGCUAUCAGGUCUGGCCCCGGAUGGAGGAGGGGGCGCAGCAGAUCUUUAAGAUCCCGCCACCCAGUAUAAACUUCACCCUGCCCUCACCUGUACUUGGAAUGCCAUCUGUCCCAAUGUUUGACCCUCCGUGGGUCCCUCAGUGCAGCGGGAGUGUACAGGACCCCAUUAAUGAAGACCAGUCUAAAUCCUUCUCUGCCCGGGCAGUGUCCCGCUCCCAUCAGAGGGCAGAGCACAUCUUAAAGAACUUGCAGCAGGAGGAAGAAAAGAAACGCCUUGGUCGGGAGGCGAGCCUCAUCACCGCCAUCCCCAUCACCCAGGAGGCUUGCUAUGAGCCUACCUGCACACCCAACUCAGAGCCUGAGGAAGAAGUAGAAGAAGUCGCCAAUCUGACAUCCCGACGGCUGUCCGUGAGUCCAUCCUGCACCUCCAGCACCUCGCACAGGAAUUAUUCCUUCCGCAGAGGGUCAGUCUGGUCCGUACGUUCAGCAGUCAGUGCUGAAGAUGAGGAACACGCCACUGAACACACGCCAAACCACCAUGUGCCUCAGCCUCCGCAGGCAGUGUUCCCAGCAUGCAUCUGUGCGGCAGUUCUUCCCAUUGUUCAUUUAAUGGAGGAUGGCGAGGUGCGGGAAGAUGGCGUGGCAGUCAGUGCUGUGGCCCAGCAAGUCUUGUGGAACUGUCUCAUUGAAGAUCCAUCAACAGUUCUUCGACAUUUUCUGGAAAAACUGACCAUCAGCAAUAGACAAGAUGAGCUAAUGUACAUGCUGCGUAAACUGCUCUUAAAUAUUGGAGACUUCCCAGCUCAAACGUCACACAUCCUGUUCAACUACCUGGUGGGACUCAUCAUGUACUUUGUGAGGACCCCGUGUGAGUGGGGGAUGGAUGCGAUCUCUGCCACUCUGACCUUCCUGUGGGAGGUGGUCGGGUAUGUGGAGGGGCUCUUCUUCAAGGAUCUCAAGCAGACGAUGAAGAAGGAGCAGUGUGAAGUGAAGCUGCUGGUCACUGCCUCCAUGCCAGGUACCAAAACCUUGGUAGUUCAUGGGCAGAAUGAAUGUGAUAUCCCGACACAGCUGCCAGUCCACGAAGACACUCAAUUCGAAGCCCUGCUGAAGGAGUGUCUGGAGUUUUUCAACAUCCCAGAGUCCCAGUCAACACAUUAUUUUCUCAUGGAUAAACGGUGGAACCUCAUCCACUACAACAAGACCUAUGUUCGAGAUAUUUAUCCCUUCCGGAGGUCCGUCUCUCCACAGCUGAACCUCGUACAUAUGCAUCCGGAAAAGGGGCAGGAGCUCAUUCAGAAGCAGGUGUUCACCCGGAAGCUGGAGGAAGUAGGGCGCGUUUUGUUCCUCAUCUCCCUAACUCAGAAGAUCCCCACAGCCCACAAGCAGUCACAUGUCUCCAUGCUCCAGGAGGACCUUCUUCGGCUGCCCUCCUUCCCUCGGAGUGCAAUAGAUGCUGAGUUUUCUCUCUUCAGUGACCCACAAGCUGGGAAGGAACUGUUUGGCCUUGACACGCUUCAGAAAAGCUUGUGGAUCCAGCUCCUGGAGGAGAUGUUCCUGGGCAUGCCAAGCGAGUUUCCCUGGGGAGACGAAAUCAUGCUUUUUCUCAAUGUGUUCAAUGGGGCUCUGAUUCUCCACCCAGAAGACAGCGCCCUACUCAGGCAGUACGCCGCCACUGUCAUCAACACAGCUGUCCACUUCAACCACCUAUUCUCUCUCAGUGGCUACCAGUGGAUUCUCCCCACCAUGCUGCAGGUAUACUCAGACUACGAAAGCAACCCCCAGCUGCGCCGAGCCAUCGAAUUUGCCUGCCACCAGUUCUACAUUCUACACCGGAAGCCCUUCGUGCUCCAGCUGUUUGCCAGUGUGGCCCCUCUCCUGGAGUUCCCGGAUGCUACCAAUACUGGGUCCAGCAGCAAAGGUGUGUCUGCUCAGUGCCUGUUUGACUUGCUACAGUCUCUGGAAGGAGAAACCACUGAUAUAUUGGACAUUCUGGAGCUGGUUAAAGCUGAGAAGCCCCUUAAGUCACUGGAUUUCUGCUAUGGAAGUGAAGACCUGACCUUCUCCAUCAGUGAAGCCAUCAAGCUCUGUGUCACUGUGGUGGCUCAUGCCCCGGAGUCCUUCAGAAGCCUUCAGAUGCUGAUGGUCUUGGAGGCCUUAGUUCCAUGCUACCUACAGAAGAUGAAGAGGCAGACGUCACAGGUAGAGACCGUGCCUGCUGCCCGGGAGGAGAUUGCUGCCACAGCUGCUCUGGCCACAUCCCUGCAAGCACUUUUGUACAGUGUGGAGGUCCUCACCAGGCCCAUGACAGCACCACAGAUGAGUAGGAGUGAUCAAGGGCACAAGGGAACCACCACAGCCAACCACACCAUGUCGUCUGGAGUUAACACCAGGUACCCAGAGCAAGGAGCCAAGCUGCACUUUAUCAGGGAAAACCUCCAUUUACUAGAGGAAGGGCAAGGCCUUCCCAGAGAAGAAUUAGAUGAACGAAUUAGUCGAGAAGAAUUCAGAAGACCCCGGGAAUCUCUGCUGAACAUUUGCACAGAGUUCUAUAAGCAUUGUGGGCCAAGGCUGAAGAUCCUUCAAAACCUUGCUGGGGAACCACGGGUCACUGCCCUGGAGCUGUUGGAUGUGAAGUCCCACAUGAGGCUGGCAGAAAUUGCACACUCCCUUCUGAAGCUGGCACCAUAUGACACCCAGACAAUGGAGAGCCGAGGCCUUCGACGCUACAUCAUGGAGAUGCUUCCCAUUACUGACUGGUCAGCAGAGGCUGUGAGGCCAGCUCUUAUCCUCAUUCUGAAGAGACUGGAUAGAAUGUUCAACAAAAUCCACAAGAUGCCCACCUUGAGGCGACAGGUUGAAUGGGAGCCUGCCAGCAGUUUGAUUGAAGGGGUUUGUUUGACACUUCAGAGGCAGCCAAUCAUAUCCUUCCUGCCUCACCUUAGGUCACUGAUCAAUGUCUGUGUCAAUCUGGUGAUGGGAGUGGUAGGACCUUCCAGUGUUGCUGAUGGAUUACCCCUUCUUCAUCUCAGCCCUUAUCUCUCACCACCUCUGCCCUUCAGCACAGCUGUUGUCCGGCUUGUAGCAUUGCAGAUACAGGCUUUAAAAGAAGAUUUUCCUUUAAGCCAUGUGAUCUCCCCAUUCACCAAUCAAGAGCGAAGGGAGGGGAUGCUUUUAAAUCUGCUCAUCCCAUUUGUGCUCACAGUAGGAUCUGGAAGCAAAGAUAGCCCGUGGCUGGAGCAGCCUGAGGUACAGCUUCUGCUGCAGACUGUCAUUAAUGUGCUCCUGCCCCCUCGGAUCAUCAGCACGUCCAGGAGCAAGAACUUCAUGCUGGAGAGCUCUCCCGCUCACUGCUCUACCCCCGGGGACGCAGGCAAAGACUUACGCAAGGAAGGGCUGGCUGAAUCCACCAGCCAGGCAGCUUAUUUGGCUCUCAAGGUUAUUCUCGUCUGCUUCGAGAGGCAGCUGGGAAGUCAGUGGUACUGGCUGAGCCUGCAGGUGAAGGAGAUGGCUCUGAGGAAAGUGGGUGGCCUGGCCCUGUGGGACUUCCUGGACUUCAUCGUGCGCACCCGGAUACCCAUCUUCGUUCUCUUGCGCCCUUUCAUCCAAUGCAAGUUACUGGCCCAGCCAGCAGAAAAUCAUGAAGAGCUUUCUGCCCGACAACACAUCUCCGACCAGCUGGAACGGCGCUUCAUUCCCCGCCCUUUGUGCAAGAGCUCGCUCAUUGCGGAGUUCAACAGUGAACUGAAAAUUCUGAAAGAGGCAGUCCACAGUGGAUCAGCCUACCAAGGAAAGACAUCCAUCAGCACUGUAGGCACAUCCACCUCUGCCUACCGCCUGAGCCUGGCCACCAUGUCUCGCUCCAACACAGGCACAGGCACUGUCUGGGAGCAGGACAGCGAACCGUCCCAACAGGCUUCACAAGACACCCUCAGUCGGACGGACGAGGAGGAUGAGGAAAAUGACUCUGUCAGCAUGCCCAGUGUGGUAAGUGAACAGGAAGCUUGUCUCCUGAGCACCAUUGGAAGGAGGCGGUUCUCCAGCCACGUCUCCAGCACGUCUGCACCUCAGGCUGAGGUGGGCAUGCUACCCAGCCAAAGUGAACCUAAUGUCCUCGAGGACCCCCAGGGCCUGGCCGCCGAGGGCAGCCUCUCUAGGGUGGCAAGUAUACAGAGUGAACCUGGCCAGCAGAACGUCCUCCUGCAGCAGCCACUGGGGAGGAAGAGGGGCCUGAGGCAGCUAAGACGCCCUCUCCUGUCAAGGCAGAAGACUCAAACUGAACCCAGAAACCGUCAUGGAGCCCGAUUGUCCACCACUCGCAGGAGCAUUCAACCUAAAACAAAGCCAUCUGUUGAUCAGAAGCGAUCUGUGACAUUCAUUGAGGCUCAGCCAGAGCCAACAGCUGCCCCAACAGAUAUGCUUCCUGCCACCGGCCAACCACAGAGCUGCGGCCCAGGCCGGGCUAGGAAGCCAGAAGGAACAGAGAAGCCAGUGCUCACAUCCUCUCCUGCCAUUGUCAUUGCAGAUCUUCAUAGCCUGUCUCCCAAGCAGAGUGAGCCCCUUCUUGCUGAAGAAGGAGAACAAAAGGAGGACACGGAAGUACAAGGUGCUGUAGCACACAGCCCCCUCUCUACUCAACUGUCAGACCCGGAUGACUUCACUGGCCUUGAAACCUCCAGCCUCUUGCAGCAUGGAGACACUGUCCUUCAUAUCAGUGAAGAAAAUGGCAUGGAGAAUCCCCUGCUGUCCAGCCAGUUCCCUUUCACUCCUCCUGAGCUAGUGGAGACAGACUCAGCACUAGAUGAGUCCCAUGUUUAGUUCUAUAUUGCAGGAGCUCUGCGCUCGACAGAAGACUGCUGACAAGAGAACGCUUCUGAUGAAAAUUAUUACAUCUAAAACAGCACUUUAUAGUACGUGAGUGGCAUUAAGUCUGAGUGCAUUUUACCGCCAAAACUCCUAAUGUUUCAGAAACAUCUUAAAAACCAAUAGCUAAAAGUCUUUAGUUGUACGAAGACCAUAGCAGGGAAGAACAAUGGGAAGUGCUGUCUCGCUGCACACUGUGUAUAGCUUGUGUAUAGCUUGCUUUGAGCAGCUAGGAACCUAUACUAUUACAGACAGUUGAGAAUAUUAACGUUACUGCCCUCAUAAUUCUAAAAGGGAAUACACGCUCUUAAGAUACUCACAUUAUACAUCUCACGACAGUGUUUAUUUUUGUAGUUUCAAAGUUUUACAUUAAGUGGCUUUAUGCACAGAAAUUUAUAUAGAAACAAUCAGAAAGAAAAAUGAUUAGAUUAGAGGAACUAAACUAUAAACCCCGCAGCCAUUUUUGUUUGGGUCAAUAAUAUAGCUGGUUAUUUUAAAAAACAAACAAACGAACUAUUUUUAGAGAUGUGGACUUUUAAAAAUUUAUUUUUAACUGUCCUUUUCACUAUAUCCUAUAAGUCAAAAUUCUGAUGCUGCAUCUCAUUCCAUUUCAUAUCUACUGUAUUAGACAGAGAAUAUUCUAGAAUCUCAGAUAUGAUUCUGAAUUAAUAACAUAGACAGCUACAUAAUUAUAAAAAGCUAAAUGUAAAUAGCAUUGCUUGAAAGAGAUGGCAUUCCUACUUCUAUCCCUGACGACGUCAACGUUCAGAUUAGGCCCUGUUGGGAAAGAGGAUUGCUUUCCUUCACAGUCCUUGUGCCUGCCCCUGAGGGCAUAUUUUCAUACAUUAAAGUUAAGUUGUUAGAACUAGAUCAGAAAAUAACUUUUCCUCAGUUGUCAAAUAUUCUAUGAUCCUUAGGAGAUCUCAGUUAAUGAGGGAAAGUCAGAGUAAUCAAUUUCUUUAUAGACUCAGACAGCUUGUAUAUAUUACAAAUAGGGCUUUAACUUGAAGUGCAGUUACUUCAAAAAAUAAAUAAAAUAAAAUUUGAAAGGCUUGUCAGGCCAGUACUUAGUGGAUUAUUGAAGGGCUUGGGCAUCAUACAGUUCAUAAAUGGUUUUCAAAGGUUUAGCAGUUUAUGUCAGAGAAAUGUAACUACUAAACAUUGAAAGAUCUCAUAACAUACCUGCAUUAUUGGUGUGUGUGUGUGUGUGUGUGUGUGUGUGUGUGUGUGUGUGUGUAUGUGUUAGUCUUCAAAUAGAAGUUAAACAGAGAUUUUUGAUUAUGUUGAGAUGAGUUUAAAAUAUAUUCUAUAUGCUUAAAUGUUCACUAUGUUGGCUAUGAAAUGUAUACUAUAAAGAAGAUACCUAUAAACCCAUACAAAUCAUAAAGGAAAUGAUUAUUAUGUUAGAAUUAUUUAUUAAAUAAGCACAGUGACUUAUAAAAUCAAAUGUAUUUUGGGGCUAUGAUCCCAUUCCCCAUGAGAAUGGAAGUUAAUCUAUUAAGUUAACUAGAAUAAAACUUAAAAUCCCCCAGGUCAGAAAAUCAGGGCAGUACCACCUUCUUGGCCUUUUGGCUGAGAACGAGUGUGGGAAAUCCAGGAGACAGACAAACCUUUUGUGUCAUACCACCUUCACAUCCUUUUUACUUAAUGCUCAAUUUGUUUCUAAGUGCAGAAGUAGAUAUGUAAGUGGCUUUCUGGUUCUAAGCUGACAUAUUUUGCCUGUUACAAACUAUGCUGCUCAAUUAGCAUUAGAGGCCUUAUGUUUGGUAAUUACAAGUGUCUGAGUUAUGUGCGUCUAUGUGUCUGUGCUUUGUUCUCUCUUUUGGAUUCGUGACUCAAAAUCUCUAUGAUGUCAGAUAUUUAAGAAGUAUAGAGGUCAAAGAAUUGUUAAAUACUCAAUAAUAACCCUAAAUACCUUUAUAUAUUUUAAAUGUGUUGGGCUGUUUGCGAAAUGAUUUUACUGGUCUGUCUGCCUUUUAACCUGACUCCUUCACUGUCAGGUAUGGAAAUCUGUUAUUAACUUUUUCAAUAAGCUAAGUAAUGUUUUAUUUUAGAAAAAAUGAUGUGUCCACUCUGAGAACUGGGGACUUACAGAGUGGGAAUGCUCUCAUCUUGGGACUUUUGAGAUUUCUCAUCUAUUCCAUUUAAUGUGUCCUUAAAUGUGUUGAAUGUAAUGUGUUGAAUGUUUAUGUGUAGUAACUAAAUUAUAUGUAUGUGCAUAAGACUGUCACAAGAUGUAUUCUCAGGAAUACUGUUACCUGGAGUUUGAAGGAAUAACUUAAAGAAAACAGUUAAGAUAAAAGUUCAAGUUAAUUGACAAACUUUUGUAAUAUUCAAAAUGUGACUAAGAACUAAUUAUCACUUUUGAUCAAUUUAUUAGUAAAAUUAGAUCAUAUCCUAAUCUGUGAUGCUAAAUAAUAAUCUCAUUCAGAGGAAAGAUAUAACAGGCACUCACUUUCCAGGUAUUAAAAAUUACAUCCAAAUUAAAAUUGCUUCUUUGGAAAGUAACUUUAUAGAGAAUCCUUGGAGUAAAAAUACAUCGUCCACGAUAGUGGGUACCCAUGUGUACUAUUCAGAUUAAAGCAGUUUAAAUCCUGGAUACAGAAUUUUCUAGAACAAACAUUUUACUUUCAUUUGCAGCAUUCAGUGUUUUCUAUAAUUCUAUUAAAUCAUUUGAUUCUUCUGACAAGAGAAGUGUGUUACUGAGUGCCUUGGAACAAGCCACUGAGAACAACAGUGUCCACGGGCACAACUGGGCACAUGGCAGUGCUGGAGGCAUCCGUUGGUUUUCUGCUUCGAGCCUCCAAGAGUAACUUAAGACAGGAUGGCGUCUCUCUUUUAGCAUCUGUUCUUUCAAUCAGUGAAGAACUUUCUCCACUUCGCUGCCCACCUCCUAGAGUUUCCGAGGAAAUAAUAGUGUAUGAAUAGAGGUCCAUAAGGAAGAAAGGGUCAUGAAUGAGUAGAAUUAUAGAACAAACCAUGAACUAAUUUCCUUCCUUGAGUUGCACAGGACACCUUACCAGAGAACUCUCCAGAAUGUGCUGCUGUCACAUAGAGUCCCACUUUUGCUCUGUGACCUCACACUACCAAUCCAUGGCCUUGUGUCUCAGCAGUGAGUAAACUGUCCCACUUCCUCACUUACUUUCGUGGGUCUCAACUGCAGCAUUUCAGAAGCAAACUUUGAUUUGACACUCAGGAGAAUAAAAACAAGUAGAGGGCAGAAUGUAUUUGGAAAAGUUUAUGAUAAAUUUAUUUAUAUUAUUUAAGGAUCAUUUAGGAUCACAAAUCUACGUACCUCCAUGAUAUUUUUAAUAGUCACUGUGACCAUGGGAUUAAAGUCCUUUAUUAGCCAUUUUGUAGGUAAAAUACAGCCAACUUCCUUCAGAUGACUAUAAAGUCUGUUAUGAAUACUGAAUGACCAAAGAGCAUGGAAAAAUGCAUCUGAAUAAAUACUGAGAUGUUUAUGAAAGAUAUUUAUGAAAGCUGAUGAUUUGUGUUUGAAUAUGCACAUAUAAUAAAGUAAAUCUAAAAUUA